GCCCACGUCGAGUACAGCAUCGCUUCAACAGCAUGUGACGAACAUAGGCGAAGAUAACCUGAAGUACUGUUGACGGUGUUGUCACUGAUCUCCACUAGGAUCAGUGGGUAUUGUGGUUUCGUCAAGUUUCGUCCGUUCACAGCAAACCCCGCUUGCGCGCGCAAAUCCGCAAGCAGCGUCUUCGUGCAUUCCACGAAAUCCAUUACUCAGCAGUCCUGAACAUUAAUUUCCGAUUAUCUCUUGAAGAAACCCUGGUAACCCAGUGAAUUUUCUUGUCAAUCCCUCAUUGCGGGUAUGAGCUAGUUGGCUAAGAAGGAGAGUUGACUGGUGCCGCGUCUGAGCGUGAACUGUUCGUUCUAGUGUCGAUUAGUGCAGAGUUUUGACGUAUUGGCCAUUUCACUAGGAUCGUGGCCUUUUUGACUACCUGAAAGCGUGGUUGAGCGUUCGCAAUGACUGACCGGGAGAUCGGCCCGCUGAAGACGUUGGAUGAACUCCUCAACUUCAAGGAACCGUUACUGUGCACUGUGGAACCGCUCAGGGACGUAAAGCGAGGUGGACCGAAUGAUCCGAAAAUUCUCUUCUGCCACGACAUGAUGGGCGGCUACCUUGAAGACAGGUUUGUCCAUGGCUGCGCAAAGCACAACAGCUACCGGUUCCAUCAUUGGCAGCUGAUCGAUAGCUUUGUCUACUUCUCCCACUACAUGGUCACGAUCCCGCCUCCUGGCUGGAUUUCGGCUGGCCACAAACACGGCGUCAAAGUUUUAGGUACCUUUAUUGUGGAGGCAGAGCCUGGCACCAAGAUCCUCAAGGAAAUCAGGGAGGCCAACCUUACGUCCAAAGUUGCCUCUCAGCUUGCCCUCGUUGCUACUGCGUACAAGUUUGAUGGGUGGCUUAUCAACAUCGAGAGCGAGAUGGGCAAGAACAGUGGCCCGUUCCUCAAAGAGUUUCUAAAGGCCGUCACCUCGGAAACCCACAAUGCCGUGCCCGGUUCGCUGGUCAUCUGGUACGACAGCGUCCUGCCGAACGGGAAGCUAGACUGGCAGAAUCAGUUAAACAGCAAGAACUCGUGCUUCUUCGACCUCUGCGAUGGUAUCUUCCUCAACUACGCCUGGACCGAAAAGAUGCUCCAGAAGUCGGCGAGCCUCGCGGGGAGCCGCAAGACCGACGUCUACGUUGGCAUCGACGUGUUUGCACGCAAGACGACGUAUGCUGGUGGCUAUGAAACGUUCAAGGCCGUCGAAGUGGCUCGCAAACACGGUCUGUCGUCAGCCAUAUUUGCUGCCGGCUGGGUCUACGAGACGCAGGACAGGCAGAAAUUUGCAGAAAAUCAGUGCCGUUUUUGGGACUUCCCCGAGCAUUGCCGUCCCGAGUGGCGCUUGAGCACGCUGCCUCUCUGCACCAGUUUCUGCCAGGGAUUUGGCGAGAAGCUCUACAAAGCCGGCGAGGUGGUGCAGAGCGGGUCGUGGUUCAACCUGUCCAUGCAGCAGCUCCAGCCUUGUGACCAGGGCAGCUCACUGUGCAACGGCUGCGGAACAGCUGCCGUGUGCACAGAUUACGCAUACGACGGCGGCAGCUGUCUCCUCCUGCGUUUUGUUCCCGAUGCUGAAAAGCCAGAGGCCAAUCCUUACUUCAGAUUGUUUCCCUGCAACCUGCCAUUGGGGUCUUUGAGUGUCAGCUACACCUUCGCCGCAAGCCCGGACUGCUCCGACAGCCUCGACAUCGCACUCAUUUUGAAGGUUCAGACAGCGUCGGGCAAGAAGGAACAGUUCUCGUUGGGCGUCAUCAUCUCAAACCCCAGCGAGGAGCACUACGAGGUAACACGUGACGUUUCCGACAGGCCUGCUGAGAGUUCUGUUGGCACUGGCUGCAAUUGGCAGACAAGAUUCAUUCAUGGCUGUGAAGAGGCCAACGUCUACCGGUUUCACCACUGGCAAAUAAUUGACACGUUCAUCUAUUACUCCCACCACAUGGUCACGAUUCCUCCUCCGGGCUGGAUUUCAGCCGCACACAAGCACGGCGUCAAAGUUCUAGGAACCUUCAUCCUAGGUGAGGAGGGCACCAAAACCAUCAACUUGAUCAGAGGCUCCGGUCUCGUGCCCCAGGUUGCAGCCCAGCUUGCGCACGUCGCAUCCGUGGGCCGGUUUGACGGAUGGCUCGUCAGCAUUGGGUGCAAAGUGGACCCCAGCUGCGUUCCAUUCCUGAAGGACUUGCUCAGGACCAUCACCGCGGAAACACACAAAGUCGUGCCCGGCUCGCUUGUCAUCUGGUACGAUGCCGUCGACGUCGACGGAAAACCCACGCCGCACAACGAGCUGAACCAGAAAAACUCGAGCUUCCUGGACCUGUGCGACGGCAUCUUCCUCAACUUUCAGUGGACCGAAACCAUGCUCCAGAAGUCGGCACAACUCGCAGGCGACCGCAAAGCCGAUGUCUACGCCGGGGUCGACGUGUACGGACGAGACACGCCGUACCCUGGUGGCUACGACAUGUACGAGGCCGUCCAGCUUGCUCGCAAAUGUGGCUUGUCGGCCGCUGUCUUUGCCGCCGGCUGGGUCUACGAGACGCAGGAAAAAAAGAAUUUCGCGAGAAACCAGUACCGGCUUUGGAACUUUCCGGAUGACUGCUGCUCUGAAUUUCGUCUCACCAAGCUACCACUGUCCACAAGUUUUUGCCAAGGCUUUGGAAGACAGGCAUUCGCCGCUGGACAUAGAACGUCCAGCCGAGCGUGGUUCAACUUACACAAGCAGCAGCUGCAGCCUCGGGACCAAGGCAACGCACUCUGCGAAACCUGCUGUUCAGUAAAGGUGCAUCUGGAAGACGCCUACAACGGUGGCGGCAGCCUCCGUGUGCUGUUCAAGCGCAACCGUCAUUUCCCAGACGCCAAACCCUACAUCAGGUUGUUUGGUUGCGACUUUCCGCUGGGCACUCUUGUGGUGAGCUACACCUUCAAGAACAUCAGCAACGUGAUCACAGUUGGCCAGGACAUUGCGCUCGUUUUGAAGGCUAAAACUGCAGCAGGGGAGACGGAGGAGAUCUUUCUAGGCAUGACGGCUGGUCUACCGGAUGGUGGCAACUACACAGUGACUCGAGAGAUCAGAAGGCCCGAGGGCAGUCAGGAUGUGUUUGAGGCCUACUGGCUCACAAGGAAAUACCAGCUGGAGGACCUGCGGGGUGCAGACGGGGCCAUUGUGGAAGAGAUUGGCCUGCACUUCUUCUGCGUUGAAAACGAGGCCAAUGUUUGCCUGCUGGGACAACUUGACGUCACAAGGCCAGCCCAUGCAAAAGCAGCUUCCAGUGGUGACAGUAGCGGCGAUGACGAACCAGAAAGGAAACGGCAGCGAGAGGAGCGUUAUGGGCUUGACACAAUGGAGGCUGAGUAAUAAAAAAAAUAAGCGUUAUUUACAAG